ACGUGAGUGACUGUUUGUUUAUUGUGAUACCACGGUUAAAUUGACAAAAACAUUUUUAUCCUAUCAAGAACAACCACCUAGAAUAAUAUUUGUGAAGACUGAAGGGACUUCAUUGAAAAAAAGGAGAAGCAACUUCUACAGACGUCCAGAUAUGAAACUGUAUUGUAUACAAGUGUUGUAUAAAAAUGGAGAAGGACGAGUUAAUUCACUCAGUGCUAGUCAUGAACUUAGCUCUUUUGGGUAUUUUCAAAGAGCCAGUGUUAAAGAGUUCAUGGAUUUUACCAGUAAAAUUAUCACAGAAAGAACUAUGAUUGCAACCCGAGCAUCAGUGAAAGAACAAGAUUACAUUUGUCAUGUGUAUGUACGGUCAGAUGGACUUGCAGGAGUGGUGAUCGGUGACCACGAGUAUCCUAAGAGAGUAGCCCACACUCUUCUCAAUAAGGUAUUGGACACUUUUGAAAGUCAAGUACCAAAUAAAUCUGAGUGGAGUAAACCAAAUUCAGGGCUAAAUCUACCUUACCUGAGCGAGCAUUUAACAAAAUAUCAGGAUCCAAAACAAGCUGAUGCCAUGACAAAAAUACAACAUGAGUUAGACGAGACAAAAAUUAUUCUGCAUAAUACGAUAGAAGCACUGUUGGAGCGUGAUGAGAAAUUAGAUGCAUUAGUGGACAGAUCAGCAGAUCUAAGUGUCCAGUCAAAAGCCUUCUAUAAAACUGCCCGAAAGACUAACUCGUGUUGUGUGAUAUUAUGAACAUACUGCCUGAUGUAGCCCCUUUCUGAACAGCCCCAGCUAUUCCAAUGGACCAAGUCAUGUAGAUCACAUGCAUUGUAUUUGCAUGUUCAUUACAUGAUAUCACACAUGUGGAUCAUACGAUGCCAUGCUUUAUAUAUACACCAUGUUGUGAUAUGAAAGAGAGACCAGACGACUGCCAGAAAUUUCUGGUCACCGACAUAGACCUUGACAUUGUAUAUGUGUGCUGUAUGGAUAUGAAGACAAUAUCACAUGUAAUUGCGUGUAUUUUACCUGGUUACCUGUAUAACUGUAACCAUUGUCCUACAUCGUCAGUGAUCCCUAACAUUGUACUACUUUUGUCAGUGACCAUUAAACAGUGUACUUCCCUCAUCAGUUAUCCCGCUGCAACAAUGAUCCCAAACUUUUAAUAACAAUGCAUCAUUAUUAUCCAUCAUCCUAAAUUACGUUAUCUGUAAAACUGCUCAACAGUUAAGGAUACAAAGAAUAAAAUUAAUGAUAACUAAUUACUAUUUCAAUAUUUGCUGUUGAGGAUAAAUGGAGACUAUUUUUGUGAGAUUGUAAGGAUGAAAAUAUUUUGCACUACAGAAAUGGUAACAAAAGGAUGUGAGUAAAUUGAGUGCUGUAUGAAGUGCCAUUUUGGAAAAGUAUGUCCAGUAAUUGAUUGUACAUGAUUGUCAAUGUUACAGUACUGCUACCCUACUGAAAUGAUGUUUUCAGAGUCUUGAAAAGGAUGAAAAUCUAAUUGAUUGGGGUUUCAGGUGAAAUAAAUGUGUUCAAUGAAAAAAGAAAGCACACAUUUUUCCUAGCAUAAAAUGUAACUGAUGUAUAUAAACAUGAAGGUUGUAUGUAGGAUGUACAAACAUGUAUGUCUGUUGGAUAUUUUUAUCUUUAGUGUUUUCUAUGCUGAACAGACAUCUAAUAUUUUUAUUAUAUUUUUUUGCAUACUGUUUUCUAAGAACAAUGAUAACAUCUAGUGACAUAGAAUCUGCACUGUAAGUGUUAAAUGAACUGUUACUUUUUUACUUUUUUUUCUUCUGCUUACUCUGUAUGUGCAGGCCAGCAUAAAAGUAUAUUUAUUACAAUUACAAUGUAUAAGAUAGAUUUAUUUGAAAUUGUAAAAUAAAAUAAGACAGAUAACAUCUGUGAUGUGAGCACAAUACUACAUGAACAUAAUGCAUUAAAUUAUCAUUUUUAAAAUGUGUCCAAAAUGAUAGAUUUCUAAUGAAAUGUAGUAUGCAAAUUUGUCAUAUUUUCAAAUUUGCUUGUCAUCAUGCCUUGUUUAUUUUGUUGAAUUAAGAAGUUUUGUUCUGAUUUAAAGUCAGGGCUUUGGAAAGUAAACACAAUAAACAGUUACAUCAUGAUUUAUGGUUGUAUCAUGUGGUCAUGUGUGGGGCAUGCCAUCCAUCCACUUGUGUUCAUAAGAGCUACAUAUAUAAAGUCUUUCUUAACACCUGGAUUAAAAUAUCAACUAAUUGCCAGGAAUAUUAUCUUGAUAUUCUAAAGUUAAACUAGUUUGACUAAGUAUAUUUAUUUUUACUUAUAUCAAGUAAAUUUUAAUGAUAUCAGCCAGUGAAGACAUGCAGUUAAUUAUUUUGUGAUUAUGACUGAAAUGGAAAUCACUAGGUUUUCUAGUUAUUUACCCCUAUUAUUUAUAAUUAAUUAUGAUACAUUUUGAAAAUUACCUCCCUUGUGUUAUUACAUCUUAUAUAUCAUUUUCCUUCUUUCCCCCGUUUUAGCCUAACAUCAUCAGCUGGUGGGCUAUUCAAAUCACUCUGCGUCCAUGGUCUGUUGUCUGUCCGUCUGCAAACAAUUUUUGUUAUCGCUAUUUCUUGAGAAGUGCUGGAUGGAUCUUUCUCAAAUUGCAUAUGUAGGCUUCCCAGGCGGCUAUUUUGGAUUUGGCAGGUAAAGAUUAUCAUCAGAAUUUCUGCAAAAAAAUGUUCAAAUGUCCUAUCAUUAAGAGCAAAAACAGAGAAGAGAAAAGAAAGGAAAAGAUCCAUCUUUCAAAGAGCAUAUAAAGAUCAAACAAUGGUGGGCACCAAGAUCCCUCUGGGAUCGUUUGUUUUUUAGGUAAAGGCUAUCCAAGGUUAAAUAGAUGUUGAUUUGAUGUUGCUACUCAAAAUCAUUACUGUAUUUAUGAAAUACUGGUUUAUAUCAGCACUACUCCACAAUAUUACUAAUAAUGCUGAUAAGGUUUAACAACAUGUGAGAGAAAUGAAUGAUCUUGAUCAUUUCUUACCAAUACAUAUGUCAAUUUCAUCAUUUCUUUCAACUCAAUGGAAUUUCGUAAUUAAGUUUAAGGCAGUAUCAGUAUUACUUUCCAAUGAAGGAAAAACAUGCCUCUUUGAGUUAUGGAAAAUUGUUAUGUUUUAAAUCCUACACAUUAAUGUUAAAAUAACCCACUUCUUAGUUACACAAAGUACUGAUGGUUGCGUGCUGAAAUAUUUUGGAAAGAUCUGCUUUUAUGGUGUAAUGGUGAUAAUGACUUAUGGAAGUUCAGGAAAGGGUGCAUGAAUGUUGCUCCAUAUGUAGAAUAUUUAACGUUGCCCCAGAUUUGGUGUGAGCUAGUUACAGACUUUGGUAAAUGUUCAGUUGAACUUUGUUCCUUGUUGUUAGAUAUCUUUACAGUUUGGACUUGUUAUAUAGGAUAAGUACAAAUUAUAUAUAAUUCACAUGCAUAUUGAUGUAAUUUAUAUACAACUUGUAUGUAAUUGACAUUGGCAAGUUCUGUACAGUUAAAAAAGAAAGAUUAAAGUCACAAGACUUUGUCUUUUUCACUCCAGAAUUUGGAGUAGUUGAAGGUGGGAGGGAUGUUUCCUUCAAGAGUAUGUAAGGAGGGUGUAACCCAUCACUGGUGAUUUCAUACUGGCAGACUUUGAAUAUGAAAAUAUAACAUUCAAGUGUCAUUUGUAUUCAUGAAAGCAGGGUAUGUUGUUUUAUCUAUUAUUUAACUAUAUAUUAUGUAAAAGUAUUUAUUUGAGCCAAAAUGUUAUCUUAGUGUUGCUCUCAAAUGGUAGAUGUAGUCAUGUUAAUGAUAAAUACUACUGUUGGUACAUAACAUUAUAGAGUUCUUAUGUCAUCUUCUGUGUUAAGCUAAUUUAUUGAUUAACUGAUCACCAAAAUUAGAUUGAAAUGGUAGUACAGCUAUUCCAUACUCUCCAGGAACAAUAACAGAAUGAAACAAAUCAUAUACCUAGUAAGUGAUUGUGAAACUUCAAGAAAAUCAGAUAAUGAAUUUACUUGUGUUUUAUAUUUGCAGGUUAAGAAUAUUACAAUGAUAACUCUCCAGCUUGACAUUACUAUAUUGAUAUAGCUUUAUUUUUCUAUGUGCAUCAUUAAAUGUGUGUAAUAUGAGAUUAUCAUCAUUUUGAGCUAUAAUAUGGUGCACAUUUAUUCAUUGUUGUAUAAAAUGAAAACUCUUUAAGUCAAUUGUAUGCGUGAGAGAGGAAAAAGAAAUGGUAUCAUGUAUUGUCGGAAUUAGUAAAAGUAAAAACAAA